AUGUCUGAAGUCCCUGAGCUCAGGAACAGCACUAAUGUGCAAGUGCAAGAUGUCAUCAAUAAUGCACUGAACACUCUUCUGAAUGAACCUAGCAGUCCAACAUUGAGAGCCAAUUCAUCCAACUUUGUGAGCUCUUCAAACCAGAUUGAUGGCAGAAUGGAAUACACCUUCCAGGAGGGAGAUGCCAUUCGACCAGUCAGCUUCCUAAAUGAGCUUCAUUUACAAUUGGUGAUCACUACAACAGUGUCUCCAGAAUCAGCAACUGGGUCCUCUCUGGCUCCUCCAAACCUAAUAUCUGGUUCAGCAGUGGUCACGAGCAAGCUGCUGUUCAACUCCUCAUCUCCAGUCCCCAGUGAAUCUCUGGUCCUCAGUGCCAUCAGCACUCUCCUGAAAUCCAGACAGUCACAGCUCGAUGAAUCAGUGAAGGUGGCGAAUGUAAACUAUCAGAAAAUCUCAGAAACCUCCUAUGCCGUCGUCAUUACAUUUAAACUGAGUAACAUCAGCAUGUCUGAAGUCCCUGAGCUCAGGAACAGCACUAAUGUGCAAGUGCAAGAUGUCAUCAAUAAUGCACUGAACACUCUUCUGAAUGAACCUAGCAGUCCAACAUUUAGAGCCAAUUCAUCCAACUUUGUGAGCUCUUCAAACCAGAUUGAUGGCAGAAUGGAAUACACCUUCCAGGAGGGAGAUGCCAUUCGACCAGUCAGCUUCCUAAAUGAGCUUCUUUCAGUCUUUACAAUAGCCACCACUCUGACACCAAGCACAACUUCUCCACGGACUUUGCUUGGCACAGUGAUUAUAUAUAUACGCCUUGUGUUCGUCGUACCUGGCUCCCUACCAAAUGAAAAGGAUAUUCUUCAGGUGGCCAACACUCAGCUGAACUCGCUUCCCGCAACUAAACUAAACACCAGAACAGAAGCCCUGAGUGAUCCUGUGAGCUUUGUGAAUGUCACAUAUACGAAAAUUAAUGAGACCGCCUAUGCUCUCAACUUCGGAUUUGAAAUCAGCAAUGUGACCAUGUCUGAGAAACCUGAAUUCAGGAAGAACACCUACCUGUCAGUACAAGACUCUGUAAAUUUAUUGCUGAACAAGAUCCUAACUAAUGCCUCAGCUCCUGUAGUUAAUUUCCAACCAGGCGAUUUCACAGAUUUCAUGGAUAAUUCCACGACGAUUAAGGCCAAUGUUACGUAUGUUUUCUCAUACCGUAACAACACGCAACCUAGCCCCUUUAUCCAGCAACUUCUCCAGGUUAACGAAGGUAUUACCAUACACCCUACAGUCUUAAACAAUCAUUUAAAUGGCCAAACUGACAGUCAGAUGUUACAUUAACAUUUAA